AUGGGCAUAAACUGCUGCAAGCAAUCAUUUAGCACAGUAAGUGAUUGCAUUCAGGUGCCUAACUCAGCACCUGAGUCUAAAGAUUAAGAUUAAAGGGCUUAAAGUCUUCCAGGUUUGAUACCUCUGCACACUUUCGACAGCUGACACCUGCUUGCUGUACCCAUCAGUAACCUGUGGAACGUGUGUCUUCUCUCGGAGCUGGGCUUACACAGCCUACCCUGAGUCUCAAUUGGUUAGGAAGACUCCCGUGCUUCACGUCAUUAGGGUGUUUUGAAGUAAAGGUCAGCCCGAUACCUCCUGUCGGCCACCUUUAGGAAAGAUGGCACCCAGGAAAAAGAGCUACGGCCACCAGAAGCCGGGAGGAAAAGACUCGGAGUCAAAAACCAUCCAGAUAAUUAAUACUUCGGGCUGAAAUGGCACCAGCUUACUCCCAAGAACUAUCCACCCCAUACUGCACGCUCUAGGCAAUGCUAAGGGUUAUAAUUAAUGGGUUUCUUGCCUUGGUUUAGGCUAUAAACCAUUUUGGCGCCAGAGUAGUGCGACCUCCGUAAGGAUAUAUUCCGUCGCCGCCACCAUAUUAAUUAUCUGAGACUAAAAGGAAAGCGGUGCUUUCCAAAACCCCCACAAGGGCACACACAAUUACACUUAAAAUUACACAAAAUCAAUUAUAUCAGAAACGCAAGAAUCACACAACAAAAAAAGAAUAUUUGCCAACCCUGAGCGAAUCAUUCGUUUACGUAAACUAA